UCGUAAUGAGUUUUUUCCUUCCCCUGUGGAGCUAUCGUACGAUGACAUUAUUAAAACCAUUGUAAAAUCAGCGCGGGACAUUCGUGACAUUGACUUCUCCAAUCAGGCUCACGUAGCAAUGUUGCUCAACUUAGGAGUCGUAAUGAUGAGCCCGAACAAUCGCAAGUCAGAAGGACUUCAGUUCUUAUGGAGCAUAAUGCCCCAUGAGUAUCGGAUUUUGUUCGGGUCCUUAAUCAGGAGACUCAAGUUCUGGAUCCAAAACGAUGCAGAUCCGCUACAGCUCAAUUUGUAUCGUAAACCCGACGCAUUUUUCAAAGCCAUGAUUCUCCAUGAAAGAAAAAUGAGCAGACUUUUAACAAGACUGCACCAUGGUUCAUUCUGGAACUUUUUUGCCGUUGUUCAAAAAAUCAUUGAAGACCAAUGGAAUGCUCUUGAGCGCAUAAGAAAUGGUGAAAAUGUUAGCAUCACCAUUCUUCCACGAGUUACUUCAUGCCUCGUUUCUUCGGCCUUAAAUCGGUUCUGGCGACUAUUCGCCGAAGACAAUGUCGAGUGGUCAGUCAUUUUUAUGACUGGCCGAAGUAUCCAGUUCCACCACAUGGAGAGCCUCCUCCACAACAGGGCAUACAUGAAUGCCAAAGUAAUGUUGCCUGUAGGGGAACUCGCUGUCAACCGUGGACAGUUCCAUGAUCGCCCUGACGCAGCCACGCUCUUGAGUAUAGCGGGAAUACUGCCACAGCCUGUUGUGCCAGGUGAAAAUUUCCAAGCACAAGAGGAUGAGGAGUAUUUAGAUCCAGAAUACCUCGAGGAGGAUGCCGAGGUAGAAAUGGUCCAACUAGGAGACAGGGGGGUAGAAAGAGACGAGGUUCCACAACCACCACAGAAUGAAGAAGUACCGGAGGAUGAAAUCCCUGCUCAAAACGUCAUUGAUCUAGAAUAUCUCGAGGAGGAUGCCGAGGGACAGAUGGUCGAACUGGGCGACAGGGGGAUGGAAAGAGACGAGGUUCCACAACCACCCCAAAAUGAAGAAUUUGCACAGAAUGAAACUCCUGCUGAAAACGCCAUUGGGGGCGGUGCAAAUCGGAGAACACGCUCGAGGUGCAUCAGGUGCAAUGUCCACCGAGUGGAGUACAUUGCAAUUGAAUGCAUGUGCGUGAUUUACUGUAGGCAAUGCGCAAGAACUGUCCUUACUCAGGCUGGGCCUGUGAAUGAACCUUGCCCCAUGUGCACAGAGGAGAUGGAUGCAAUUGAGAGGAUAUUCAUCCCCACCAAUGAUGACGAUGAAUACGAUUGGUUGUGCCAUAUAUGUCUUACACGACCAAUUGAAUUGCUGGCGAGGCCAUGCAACCACCUUACUACUUGCACUACCUGUGGGAUUCAGUGGGCGGCACAAGCACAAAAUGAAGAUGUGCGUUGCUCCAUGUGUAAUAACCAUUGUAUAUACCGUCGCGUGAACGUACGGGGCGAUGACCCGCUCCACUUGGAGGAAGUUUAA